GUUCACUUUCACAUUCAGACGAGAGAUUUUUUUUAGCUCUGAAGACAUUUAGCCAGCAAUUCAUCAGAUCAACUGCUCACUGCUCACACUGCAGACAUGAAGUUUGUGAUCCUGUUUGUUCUUUUGAGUGGGGCUUUUGCUGCCCCAUUCAUGAAGGAAGAGCAGGCAAAGCGAUUCAUCAGGCUGAAGAGACAGUCGGGAUACUGGGAUCCGCACCACUCUCAGAACCAGUGGGGUUACACCAUUCAGGAACAGGCAAACGAGUACUGGACAGCACUACGAACAGAUGCACAGUACUACAUGGACAUGAGUAACAUGAUGUUUGACCGCUCUGUGGCUACGGAAAACAACAGGCUGUAUAUGGAGAUGCUGCGCCAAGCACGAGCUCACCUGGACAGUCAGACGGAUCAACACAGAUAAAUAAUAAAAAGAGGAAAAUUAAGGAGAGAAGCAAUCCUGUUGUAGUCAAACAUAUUACAGUGCUUCCUGGUGGUUAAAGCUAAAACAUUUACCCUAAUGUAAUUUAGGAAUACAUUCAACAUAUUACAUACAUUACAUUGGAUCUGUAUAAAGUGGACAUCAGAGUUUAAAAUGGUUAUGGUUAAAAGGGUGCAUAAGAUGAUUUUUGUUGGCAACAAAUAAUAACAUGUUAAAGGGAUACGCCACCGUUUGUUGAAAUA